AUGAAAGCUCCAUUAAGUAGUUACCUUUUUACAGAUCUUAAAUUUGCUCAAUUUACAAACGAUUUACUUAAAGAAUUUUCAAUUGGAAACAAGCAAACCAAAACAACAGAAAAUCCACCACCAAUUCGUAUUCCAAUAUCUUCCAUAUCACAAAGAGUAAUUAAUUAUAUGUAUAAUAUUAAAUUAAUCAAUUCAAUUUUAGCAAUUUUCCUCAGCGCAAUGAUUUCUCUUGCAAUUUGCUGCUGCGUCAAACCAAGCAUGAUCAAUAACACAAUCUACUUUGAUAUUUGUUCGAUUAUUGUCAUUCUUUACUUCGGAGCCGCGACAGCAUCGAACAGCUCAAUAAACAGAAAGACUGGAUUGAUAUUUGCCUUUGUUUUUGGGCUUAUCUUUUUCGUCGUCAUCUCAUAUCUCAGUUUAGGACCUUUUGACAUCCGACCACUGAUAUUAUCUCAAAUUUCAAUUCCAGCAAGGCUUGUCAAUGUCAUUACCUCACUCAUCGCAACAUAUAUUGCAUACUCGCUUUACUAUCCAUGCCUUAAAUUGCACCAAAUUUACAGAUCUUUGAUAACUCUUAAUUACGACAUCUUCAGAUGGCAACUAUGUCAAGAAGCAUAUAAUCUUUACAAGCCCUUCUACAGAACCAUCUUUAAAUCUAUCCACAGGCUCACACCGUUCCUUACAAUUUCAUUCAUCGCUGCACGUUGGUAUUUAGUUCAUAUUCCACGUUUAGACAUGAUUGCUGACAUAUCUUACUUAUCCCUACAGCUUCUGAUCUCUAUAUUCCUUUUCUUGAUGACAAAACCAGGACUUAGACUGAUUUUAAACGAUCCCUACAAAUAUUUGACAGAAUUUGACAAAACAAGGAAUUUCGACCACGGAAAGAGGUUUUUCAAGGUAUUGAACAGAUCUCUUGACAUGUUACCUAACUAUGCAACAGCACUUGUUACAUUUCCUCUUGUUGUUGCUUUUUGUUGCGUUGUUUACGGAAUUUCUUAUUUGAUGUCUGGAACAAGUCAGGAAAUUGCAAGAGUUCUUCCUUUGUUCGUCGUAGCUGUGUCUGAUUUGGCAAUUUCAUGCAACAAAAUAUCAGGAUCUUUUGGUGUGUAA